AUUAAAUCUAAAAAAUGUUGAUCAAUAAGUUUGAGAUAAAGAGCAAGAGAGUUAAAGGACUGUGCUUUCAUCCAACGAAGCCGUGGAUCUUGGUAUCUCUCCACAAUGGUAUUAUCCAACUCUUUGACUACAGGGUUGGAGUCAUCAUUGAGAAGUUCUCUGAUCAUGAAGGUCCUGUUAGGAGUGUUGAUUUCCACCGCACACAACCUUUGUUUACAAGCGCAGGAGAUGACCAGAAGAUCAGGGUUUGGGAUUACAACAAGAAGAAGUGCCUCUUCAUUCUUAGUGGCCAUAUAGAUUAUAUAAGAAUGGUCAAGUUCCACCAUGAACUGCCUUGGAUUAUUUCUACCUCAGAUGACCAGACCAUCAGGCUGUGGAACUGGCAGAAUAGAAGCAAUAUAGCGGUUCUGACUGGGCAUACUCAUUAUGUGAUGAGUGCUGAGUUUCACCCAGAAGACAACCUUAUCUUGUCUUCUUCGUUGGACAACAAGGUGUACGUCUGGGAUUACUCGGAACUCAAGGAAAAGCACCAAAAGUAUGCAGGAGAUUCCAAGAAAACUGAUUUAAUGUACACUGGCACUGAGGUCGAAGUCAAGCAUAUUUGUGAAGGUCACGAGAAAGGAGUUAAUUUCGCAUGUUUUCAUCCCUCCAGAGGCCUCAUCGCUUCUGGAGCUGAUGACAAGCUCAUCAAGCUCUGGAGGAUGAGUGGAUCUAGAGCUUGGGAAUUGGAUACUCUCAAAGGGCAUCAAAACAAUGUCUCAUGUGUUGCUUUCCAUCCAAAGCUUGAUGUAUUAGUAUCCAAUUCUGAAGACAGAACAAUGAAGGUUUGGGAUCUAAAUGCUAGAACAUGUAUCUACACUCUCAAAAAGGAUACAGAGAGAUUUUGGGUCCUGGCGAUGCACCCUACCUCCAACUAUUUUGCCUGAGGAUAUGAUAAAGGAAUGUCAGUCUUCAAAUUAGAGUCAGAGAGAUUUGACCACGCAAGAGUCGGAAACCAGCUAUUCUAUGUCAAAAACAAGGUACUCAUGGUUGAGGAUCUGACUAAUAUGGAAAGUCUUCCUCAAGCAAAUCUUGAAAUUGAGGGAAAGGCGGUAUUGAACAACCAGCCUUGUAGUCUCAACUACAAUCACUUUGAUACCUCCAAUCAUGAUGUUAUUCUGAACUACAAAGGUGAUUUGAACUUAUCAAUUUUGGUUCUCAUGAACAAGACUCUUGAUAAGACAUCGACUCCAAUUCAACGAAAGAUCGAGUCCUCAAAAGGAGCUGUUUUCAUUGCCAAAGAGAAGAUCUGUGUUUUAAGUAAAUCGAGGAACCUUGUAAUUUACCUCUUUAACGGGAGGAACAAGAAGAUAGAGUGGAACACCAAGCAUACCCUUCAAGGUAUAUUCCAAGCUACUAUCGGAAAAGUCUUGUUAAAGUCCAACAAUGAUGUCCUUCUCUUUGAUAUUGCAGCAAGAAAAGUUGUAGCAGAGGUGCAGUUUCCUAAGAUCACUCGAGUGUUUUGGUCACCCAACAUGAGUCAUGUUGCCUUGUUUUCAAAAGACCAGAUAAUGAUCUGUACCAAAAAUCUGAAGCCAUUGUGUAUAGUAAAGGAGACUACCAAGAUCAAAUCUGGUUGCUUUGAUAACGAAAAUGGGUUCAUUUACUCUACAUAUUCUCACAUUAAGUACUUGCUUGUCUCAGACAAAAUGUCUGAAGACAGCACAAGCUCUAAUAUCAGUGGAAUCUUCAAAGCGACCAAGAGCCCAGUCUACGUCUCAGGAUUUGUCAACGGAAUCGUGUUUUACAUAAACAGGGAGGGAAAAGUCUCCAGAGAGACUGUCAACACAUCUGAGUACGAGUUAAAGGUAGCCUUGAAUAAGAGAAAGAUUAAUGAGGUCAUACAGAUUCUCAAGAGAGGUCAGCUCAGUGGCAACUCUGUUAUCCAAUAUCUCAAAGAGGAAAACUGUGCUGAUAUAGCUCUCUUAUUUGAAAAAGACCCAAAGAAUAGAUUUUCCCUUGCUCUUUCCAGUGGAAAUAUCCAGGAGGCAUACAAAAAUGCAGCUGAGAUUCAAGAGAAAGAGACUUAUCUUCAGUUAAGUGAGCAGUCCAUGCUCCAAGGGUAUGCGAACGUGGCUGAGAAAUCUUAUCAAUCUUUGAAGGCUUUCAACAAGCUAUCGUUCUUCUAUGCAACCCAGGGUUGCACAUCAAAACUCAAAAGAAUGCAAUCGAUAGCAAUGGAAAUGAAUAACAAAAAUGAUAUUUUUGAAAAUUCCAUUCUUCUUGGCAACGUCAGGGAUAGAGUCAAGCUUUUGAUGCAGUCAAGCCAGAUUGCCUUAGCAUACACUACAGCCAAAGCUCAUAACCUGACUGACCUGAUUCCACUGAUAGAGCAGGAAAUACAAAAUAGAGACCUUGAGCUAGUAGAUAACUACACUGAACAGGUAGAGCAAAGAGCCCGUAAGGCUAAAGCCUUACUUCCUUGUCGACCUGUAUUCAUCGAAGAUGAGUCAUUCACCACAGCUAAUUGGCCUCAUACAAUGUUAUUACAGAGUAAUUUACAAGACACAGUAGAUGAGACUGAGACUCAAGAUACCUUCUACGAUGCCACUGCCACUGGAGAUAGCAGUGGCCAAGGAAUCUCAGAUCUCUUAGAAGACAUCAAGGAAGAUGAAACCAAAGACAACCUUGUAGGCGAAGAAGCUGCUCAUGGAGAUGACAUGGACCUACUAGCAGGUGACCUCGAUGGUGAAGACAACUGGCAAGAUAACGAUGGCAUUGAUCUUGAUGAAGACCUUCUCGGUGAGCUUGAAGAGGAUGAAGUAGGAGCUGAUCCUGAUCUUGCAGAUUUGGAUAAUGAAAUUAAUCAAAAAGAAGAAGAUGAAGUAUUUAUUCCUCCAACUCGAUCAAAUGACCCUCUAUUACAAUUAGUGUCAAACUCUAUGGUUCCUGCUCACCAUGUUGCAAUUGGAAAUUUCAAGGAGGCUUUAAAUCUGCUUAGAAAACAAAUUGGACUCUCAAAUCCAAAACCACUAAGAAGUAUUUUCACAUUUGUGCACACAAAUUCUAAAAUUAGCUUACCUACCUUACCUAAAUUCCCAUCUAUCAAUUCUUUCCUUCGCACGGCUGAUGGGAAGAAUCCAGUAGGAAUCAUUGACCACGAAUUCUUGAAGAAGAUUUACAAAGAAGGUUUUUCCGAAGUCACAAAGGGACACUUCAACGAAGCACUUGUUUCUUUCCAAAAGUGUCUUCAGCACGCUGUCCUGGCCGUAGCCACUACCACUGAUGAAGAACAGGAGAUAAAGAAGCUCAUCAACAACUGCGUUGAGUACAUUAUUGCAAUGAGAAUUGAGCUCAAAAGAAGAGACAAAGAUCUGACCACCACAACUAUUCAGAACUUAGAACUUGUUUGACUCAUGACUAUCUGCAGGAUGCAUCCUUCCCACAAGUUCUUGGCUCUGAAGAAUGCAAUGACUCUAUGCUACAAAGCACAGAAUUUCAUCACUGCUGCUCAUUUAGCCAGAAGUAUUCUUGACCUUGAGUCUAAAGGUGUUUUCUCAAGUAAGCCAGAGCUAGUCACUCAGUACAAGAAAUAUUAUGCUGCGUUCCAGAAGAAAGGGUCUAAUAAGGUCAAACUCAGCUUUAAUAUCGAAGAAUUUGCGAAAAUAGAGGAAGCUAAUGGCUUCGUGUGCUGUGGCUCACUCACUCCGUUCCCAGAGACUCUCCUGGGAAAUCGUACUUCUGGAGGAUUUUAUAAAUAUUCAAGUUCGGGGACACCAGAAAAAUCGAAUAUUUAUAAGGGAUCAUGCAAAUGACCAUUUUCAGGAGCUAUUUAUGGCCCUGACUUCCAAGGCAAAGUUUGUGAAAUCAGCGGGCUCACAGAGAUCGGAGCUGACGCCCUUGGACUCUGCAUACUUGAUCAGAGAGAAGAUUAGUGA